AUGCUCUCGAUGCAUGUACACCUUUCAGAUAUCUUCAUAAGAAUUAAGAAGGGAAAUGCUGUGCUAACGCGUCCAACACUUCAGCUCGACAUGCUGGAUUUACCAGCUGAAUUGGUGACUUGGGCAACGGGAUGUUUAGAGGUUGCAGUUGAAGAACGGUCUCUCAUUGAAGAAAAGAAGAAAGCUGAUAUCCUACUUGGGCGAAUGCUGCCGAGGUGAGU